AUGGUCAAGUCUAUCGUUGCUCUGACACUUUUCGCUGCUGCGAGUAUUGCGGUCCCUGUUCCACAGCCGGGUAACAAUGUCAACACUCGAGAUGGAGGCGCUAACCUCAUCGGCGGCUCGGAUAGCGGUGUCGCCGAGCUGCUGGGCGGUUUGACUAGCCGCAACAGCGAUGCGCCUGACGAGGAUAAGAAUGGGGGUAUACUCGCUGGCAUCCCCAUACUCGGCAGUCUUUUGAGUAAGAGGGAUGUCCAGGAUCUUGAAUCCCGGAACAAUGUCCUAGGCAACCUGCCCAUCCUGGGUCCUAUUCUUGCCGGCGGUGCUAAGAAAGAGAAAAAGCAAAACGGAAAGGGUACUCAGCCCCAGAAAAAGACAUACGCAAGGGACGAGGGUUUGUCAGAUAUCGCUGGAAAACUUCCCAUCAUCGGAUCCAUUCUUCACCCCGAGCGUCGCGACGAGCACCAGCAUGAGGAACGCCAGAUCGAGGAACUGAUGAGCAAGGCAGGCCUGGGCGCUCUGUUCGGGAGUGCGCAACACGGAGUGGGUCUCCUGCCGCAACGUCGGGAUGAGGAGCAGAAGCAUGAGAAUGAAGCCCGCGACUCACCUCUCCAGGGCGCCACCCUCGUUGAUGCUGUUUUCAAGGAUGGGGUUCUCGGUCGGAUCAAAGGUUUGCUUCCUGGGGUGUAA